AUGAGUGAAACUGCAACAGAAUAUAUUGCACGUCAUCAAAAAGUAGCAUCUAUCACUGCUAUUGUUUUUGGCUCAAUUAGUUUGCUUUUUUUAUGCGUCAGUAUUGGUACUCCAGCCUGGCAUAUUGAUUAUGAUUCGACAGGAGUUACAGUUAAGUGGUAUACAAACUUCUUUUAUACAUGUUACAAUACAAAUGGUACAUGUUGGAAUAAUCAAUAUUUAUAUUCAUCAGUGGUUGAUUAUUAUGAACAACCACUAACAAAAGGAACAGGUGUAGCAACUGAUUAUUAUCUUCGAUUAAGAAAUGCAGCUGCAUUAGGUAUAAUUGGCUUGUUAUUCGUUGCAUUUGGUUUAGUUGCUAAUGUAUGUUUAUGUAUGCCAAGUACACAAUUUAAAAAAUUUGAAGGUCGCUUAAAUUUAUUGGCAGCUGUUCUACUAGCAAUUGCUGCUUUGUUUCAACGUGCAGCAAUGUCUGAAGGUGAACAUGUAUUUUCCGUUAAUGGUUAUUCGGGAAAUCUGUACCGAGCUGGUCAUGCAUUAACAAUUGCUGCUGUACCACUAUGUGCAUUUGUAGCUGGAAGAAUCUAUUUCUAA